AUGAAUGCAGCAAGGCCAAGAAGAAUCUUCAAAGAACUCAUAAGAAUGCUACUUCUGGCUGCAUGUGCAUAUGGCUCACUCGAUCGUGCACUUCCAGAAGGAUUCAGAAACAUUGUAUAUGCAACCCCAGGCGCACGGUUCAUCUAUCUGACAAACAUCUCUCUGUAUCUUACUAUAGCUUCAGUGGUGCUUGGGUAUGCCAUCAGAGCAUUGAAGACAACAUCUGCACACAUAUGUCUUCUUUACAAAGACAUGCUUGCUGUGUCAUUCUCAAUAGAGGGUGUGGUCACAUCCAUGUUUUGGACACUCUGUGCAAUCAAUCCCAUGCUUUUGCGAAGCAAAGCCUUGCUUUCAAAAGAGCGGUCCAUCAGCCUGACAACGGACAUCUGCCAGCAUUUGCUUCCGUUUGUCCUGUUGCUUGUGGAGCAGACAGGCACGGUGCUCGUAAAGCGAAGAGGAUGUAUGUAUGCUAUAUUUGCACUCGGAACCAUCUAUCUUGCAGGCAUUUGGCUGUACUCAGCAGUCUAUGGUGUGUGGGCAUAUCCAAUAUUCAGGAAAAGCAGCACUGUAGGCAGGAUACUACUGGUGUCGAUUGGAUGCAUGCUCGGUGGAAUGUUCUACACGUGCCUUGUGAAAAUCAACAGGUUCAUGCACAAAAUAAGUUUAUUAAAAUAA